AUGACUAAAGAUAACCACGGCAACGAGUACACCUACAGCGGCUCUGGCACCAACAGCCAGGGCAACCACUACUGCAACCGAGACUACGGCUCCGAUGCUGCCAACCAAAAUGCUUAUCACUACUCCAACCAGAAUGGAUCGUACUACUACUCCAACUCUGACGGUAGCACCUACUACAACAAUGGCCAGGGCGAGGCCACCUACAACCCGCCAGCUUCGUCCGACUCGUCCAACUCGGGCAGCUCGGGCAGCUCGGGCAGCUCGGACAGCUCUUCCAACUCGACCGGCCAGAAGUGA